GCACUGACAAAAAAAAAACUUCGCGCCCACGUACGAAAAACUUCAUUGAAAAUUUUUUUCAGCUCUCAGUCCUUUCUUUUCCAUCCCCCAUUAUCUUAAAAUGUCUGCCCAACAAAUCUUGUCCAAGAAGAGAAAGUUAGUCGCUGACGGUGUGUUCUUCGCCGAGUUGAACGAGUUCUUCACCAGAGAGUUGGCUGAGCAAGGUUACGCCGGUGUUGAGGUCAGAAAGACCCCAACCAAGUUGGAGGUUAUUGUCAAGGCCUCUAACACUCAGGGUGUCUUGGGUGAGCAAGGUAGAAGAAUCCACGAGUUGACCUCUUUGAUUGUCAAGAGAUUCAGAUUGUCCCCAGAGGGUAUCGUCAUCUACGCCGAGAGAGUCGAGGAGAGAGCCUUGUCUGCUGCCGUCCAAGCCGAGGCUUUGAAGGCUAAGUUGUUGUCUGGUUUACCAAUCAGAAGAGCCGCUUACGGUGUCUUGAGAUUUACCAUGGCCGCUGGUGCCAAGGGUGUUGAGGUUGUCAUCUCCGGUAAGUUGAGAGCUGCCAGAGCCAAGUCCCAGAAGUACGCCGACGGUUUCAUGAUCCACUCCGGUCAACCAACCAAGGACUUCAUUGACUCCGCCAUCAGACACGUCUUGAUGAGACAAGGUGUCUUGGGUAUCAGAGUCAAGAUCAUGAGAGACCCAUCCAAGAACAAGUUCGGUCCUACUUCCUUGCCAGACGCUGUCAAGAUCUCCGAGUACAAGGAGGAGGAUGAGGUUGUCCCAGCUCCAACUGUCAACGUUUACAGACAAAAGGAGGCCGCUGCUGAGGCCACUGCUUAAAUGUGAACCCGUUGUUAUCUUUUUCAAUCACCACAUCAGUUCUUCUUUAAACCCAGUUGUAGACUUUUUGUAUUCCAGAGUGCACAACCUUUAAUUCGCUUGGCUCAGUUGAGCUCAUUAGAACUUGAUUACUUAUUGACUC